AUGGCAAAAUCUUACGUGAAACCCAAGGAGAUGACAGAGUUGGUCAAUACACCAUCUUGGAUGGACAAAGGUCCAGCUUCUCAGAAUGAGAUAAAGGAGGAGGAGAGAAGACCAGCUGCUUAUGGGAUGCUUGGCAGCUUAGCUGAAGAGCAUGACAGUAUUGAGGAGGAAGAAGAGGAGGAAGAAGAUGGAGAGAAGCCUAAGAGAAGAGGUCCCAAGAAAAAGAAGAUGACGAAAGCUCGCCUUGAGAGAUUCAGGGCUCGAAGAGUCAAGGCUAAUGCUAGGGAACGGACCCGGAUGCACGGCCUGAACGAUGCCCUGGACAACCUGAGGAGGGUCAUGCCGUGCUACUCUAAGACCCAAAAGCUCUCCAAGAUAGAGACUCUUAGACUGGCCAGGAACUAUAUUUGGGCGUUGUCUGAGGUCCUAGAAACCGGACAGACACCUGAAGGGAAGGGCUUUGUGGAGAUGCUCUGUAAAGGGCUCUCUCAGCCCACAAGCAACCUGGUGGCUGGAUGCCUCCAGUUGGGCUCUCAGUCUGUCCUCCUAGAGAAGUGUGAGGAGAAAUCUCCUAUUUGUGACUCUGCCAUCUCUGUCCACAACUUCAACUAUCAGUCUCCUGGGCUCCCCAGCCCUCCUUAUGGCCAUAUGGAAACACAUCUUAUUAAUCUCAAACCCCCAGUAUUCAAGAGUUUGGGAGAAUCAUCCUUUGGGAGCCACCCACCUGACUGCAGUACACCACCUUAUGAGGGCCCACUUACUCCACCCCUGAGCAUCAGUGGGAACUUCUCCUUGAAGCAAGAUGCCUCCCCUGACCUGGAUAAAUCCUACAGUUUCAUGCCCAAUUACCCCUCUGCUAGUCUAAGCUCAGGGCAUGUACAUUCAACUCCCUUUCAGGCUGGUACCCCCCGCUAUGAUGUUCCCAUAGAUAUGUCCUAUGAUUCCUACCCCCAUCAUGGCAUUGGGGCCCAACUCAAUACAAUCUUCACUGAUUAG